UGUUUUGUAUGAUUUUAUGACACAAAUCUAAGGAUAAUUUUAGUUGACAUAAAACUUCUGAACAUUUGUAUUCAUUUCUCAUGUAAGUUGAAUGGAGAACCAUUGAUCGAAUUGGGCUCCACCAAUUUUAUAUGAAUUUAAAUCAUUUGACCAUUUAACUCAUUCACUUUUUCUUAUUUUUUAUUUUUUAUUUUUAAAGUAAGGAUAAUUUUAUAAAAACAAAACCAUGUAUAAUCGCCUAUUCGGGGGCAUACCCAAAGAACAAAAACUGGAAAAGGUAUAUAAAAUGUAAUGAAGCAUUGCAUGCUUUACAUCAGGAGGCAAAUAACAUAGACAACUCAAAUUAUAUGCACCAACAUAAUAAUAUUAGUAUUAAAUGAGAGGAAAGUUAAUCCGAUCUGUCCGGUGGCCAAGGAGGUCGGUGUAUGACACACGGCAGCUCCACCAAAUGUUGUAGACAGUAGUAGCUGAGUCCCAGCGUUUACUGUGAGCACAAUAACUGGUACACCAGAGGUGCGUCCUUCCCGGUCCUCUCGUACUAGGGAAAGGUCCUCUCAAUGCUCCAACGUUUGCAGAUUGAAGCUCUGUAAUUGCUGACUCGGUUCUUCCAGUGUUGAGCUGCCCAAGCAACCAACACAGUCCAAGAGGAGGGAAGGAUGUAAAAGGGCACAACGUGUUUGAAUAAAUGACCAAAUGGGCCCAAACAAAAGAACAUUUGAAGAAAAGAUAGUCGUGGGAUUCAAUGACAUGCGAACAGAAGGGGCAAAGAUUAUCCAAUUGCCUGUUCCUCAUAGGUCAACGAUCCAUGGGAGUUUUUGUGAAUAGACACCCACAAAAUGAAAUUAUUGCUAGGAUUGAACCAGAUGAGGUGAAGUGUGAGUCAGUGACCACGGGACAGUAGUUUGUGAAGGUGGGUUGCUUUGAUUGUGUGGCUGAUGGUGAAGUCUCCAGUAGGAGAAGGUACCCAUCUGUACUUGUCAUUCCUGCUGGGACAUGGAGAAGGGAGAGAUGAUGGUAUAUCAAGCUGAGAGAUGGUAUUUUCUGUGAGUAAUGUACACAAAAAACUCAUGGAAUCAAUCAGAUCAUAUUUCUCAAGUUUAUCCUGAGUAUUCAGUCUCCCUUCCAAAGCCAGCCUCCAUAUAAAGGAAGAAGUGCCUAUGAAUAGAGCUUUUAAACAAUAAAAUAUUAUGCAAAGAAACAGGGGACCUUGAGGCCUACUGUGUUGCCACAUUAAUGAAGCUAUAUUAUAUUGAAUUGGUUUCAAGUUUUGAGGGAUGUUAGAAAGCAGUGCGGUUCCUGGAGGCUGGACCAAUGCCUCCAUCCAGCAAUUCUGUCAACCCUAGCAUCUUUCCCAAGACCCGAGUCAACAAUGAUACUUUCUAGAAGCCAAAAGUCCCAAAGAGGUAUGUAAUGCAGCCCAUUUCUAGUGUUGAUUUUUUUUUUUUAUUUCUAAUUUGCUACUAAAUCUCUAGUUGGAGAUAAAUUAUAGAACUUAGUCUGUUCAAGUCAAAUGAAAGCUUGCCUGAUCAUCCAAUUAAUAAUAAAAUCCAUUUGCAUUGACAAUUCAAGUGAUGAAAUUGCUUGUUCCUUAAUUAUUAUAUAGCUUUGAAAAACACAAUGAUCUAAUUAUAAAAAGACCAUACACCUUCAACUCUCUUUCAUAAUUAUGACCUGAAUGCCCUUUAGUGUAACAGUUUAAUUUUCCAAAUGUUGGGUUUUCCCUAAUCAGCUUGAUUGCCCUGGAAACUUCAGACAGACAGUUCACAUCACAAAAUAAUGUGGGAAAAUAAGAUUUAUUAGUUGUGUACAGACUGUUAAUAGCUAGGGAUUUAUUGGUUGUGUACAGGCUGUUGGUAAUAGCUAGAGAUUUACAGGCUACAGGCUGUUAAUAGUUAGAGAUUUAUUAGUUAUUGCAAUCCCUGAUUUCUAGGGAUCAGUUUUUAUUAGUUUCCUAGAAUAGCAUUAUUCUGAUGUAUAUAUAAUAGUGUAUUCCCAAUUCUUUAAUCAAUUGAUUUGAUUACCAAUUUCAGUAAUUUUGUCAUGGUAUCAGAGCUCUAGGCUCGUUUUCUGGGUAAUCAUAUUCUCUUGGCCUUCUUUGCUAAUUCUUUUUUCCUAGUGUUUUUGUUCUGUGAAAAUCCAGUGUUAUCAAACAUGUGGAUUCCAUCUCUCUCUCUAAAUCAUGUCAGCAACUACUGAAACCAGCAACACUUCAGAGAUUCCUGUAACUGGAAGCAACGGCUUUCUCCCAACAAGAGAAUUGCAGAAUAUUCAGGCAGCGUAUAGGUUGAACGGGAAAAAUUAUCUGAAAUGGUCUCAAAUGGUCCGCACGUUCUUGAAAGGAAGAGGGAAACUAAGCCACUUGCUUGGUAAUGGUCCAGAGAAGGAGGAUCCUAAGUUUGAUGCUUGGGAUGAACAAGAAUUUAUGGUUAUGUCAUGGUUAUGGAACUCUAUGUUACCAGAAAUCAGCGACACUUGUAUGUUUUUGAGCACGGCCAAAGAGAUAUGGGAAGCAGUUAAGCAGACCUAUUCCAAAGUACGUGAUGCUGCACAGAUCUAUGAGAUCAAGACCAAAAUCUCUGCUACCAAACAGGGUAAUCGGUCAGUCACCGAAUAUUCCAACCUCUUGAAGGGUCUAUGGCAGGAGAUGGAUCAUUAUCAUUGCAUUCAGAUGAAGUGCAGUGAAGAUGCAGCCAUCAUCAAGAGGUUUGUUGAAAAGGACAUAAUUUAUGAUUUUCUUGCAGGUUUAAACAUUGAAUUUGAUGCUGUAAGAGUACAAAUACUUGGAAAAGAAGAUCUGCUAACCUUAAAUGAGGCAAUUGCAAUUGUUCUUGCUGAGGAAGGAAGAAUGGGUGUUAUGAUUGAAACUCACACAGUAGAGAGUUCGGCCUUGGUGUCAAAAAACACGGCUAUGAAGAAUUAUGGCUCCGAACAGCGUUUUGGAUAAGGCAAUGGGCGAAUUGAUAUGUCAAAACCAUUCAACAAGGAUUCUCUGUGGUGUACAUACUGUAAAAAAUCCCGCCAUACUAAGGAGAAGUGUUGGAAGCUCCAUGGCAAGCGUCAAAUUGUGAACAAAGCUUGGUCAGAAAAGAGUGGACAGCCAAGAGGACAGGGACAGGCACGUGUGGCAACCACACAAUCCAACAGUGAAGACAAUCUUUCAAUCCCAUCUGCUGAAUUCAAUAAAGAAGAGAUAGAGAAAUUAAGGAGCCUAUUGGGAACGUUGGAGAAACCGUCUACAGCAGGUACUUGUUCUUUGGUGUUCUCAGGAACAGGGCACGAAUAGGAUGAUUGGACAUGUUAGGGAGAGGGAUGGUCUAUACUACCUUGAAGAAUCAAAUGGACAAAAUAGAGUUGAGCGUUUGUCACCAUUAUCAUUUCUUUCCGAGUCAUUCAAAUCCAAUAAAGAUAAGAUAUAGCUUCAACACCUUCGUCUUGGUCACCCAUCAUUUAGUGUUCUCAAAAUAAUGUUUCCUUCAUUGUUCAAAAGUUUAUCCAUUGAAAAUUUUCAUUGCGACGUAUGUGAACUUGCAAAGCACAAACGUACUUCUUUUCAAAUCAGCAAUAAAAGAACUUCUGUUCCAUUUACCUUGAUUCACAGUGACAUUU